CAAAGACUCUCCUCUUGUGUCCUUGGGGACGCAAUUUCCUGUAACAACUCCAUUUUGCUUGCCUGGUGCUGACAAAGUGAUUAGGAACCUGCACUCGGGUUCCUUAGCAGUGCUUCUUAAGCUUCUCCAAACCUUCAGCUCCAGAGCACGCAGUCUCCUCAACUGAGCCUGUGCGGACGUUGGUGACAGACCACUGUCUUCAGGACACGCAAUGGGAUACAGUAACCAAGCCAAUUCCCAUCAAAGAAGACCAAGAUGGGAGAACAUUUACCACAGCAGAUCACCUAGUUGGUCUGAGCCCUCUGGCAUGUAUCUUUCACCCCAACGGCAACAAGAUGAAGAUCCAGCAAUAAGUGAGGCCCAGGUGGACCCACAAAUACGAUAUUCUCCCUAUGCCAUUCCAUAUCAUCAUUAUCAUUCUCAUCUGAGAGGUGGUAUUUACCAACAAUUCCAAACUCGUAUUAGGAUGGAGAGAGAACAAAAUCCUCCAGAGAGAAGAGUGGAGAAUACACAGACUAGGAUUUCAAACAACUGGUUCAAGAUCACAAUUCCAUUUGGAAUAAAAUAUGAUGAAAAGUGGCUGUUGGAUUUGUUUCAGAGCCAGUGUAGUAUCCCAUUCACACCGGUUGAGUUUCACUAUGAUAAAAUGCAAGCCCACUUCUUUGUCCAGAAUGCUAGUGUUGCUUCUGCAUUGAAGAGUAUCAGUGGGAAGAUCUGUGAUGUGGAUAAUGAAAGGAUAUCAAUCUUUGCUAUUCCUUCUGAGGUACCCCGCUCUGUGCAGGAGGAGCUGAAGGUGGGAAAAGUGGAACAAAUAAAGCUAGAAGUGAGCAAACAAGGUGAUGCUUCUGAGCAAUCUGCUGAUGUCAAAAGACCCAACACUGAAACAGGCAUGGCUGAAUGUAAUGUGAUGGACCAUAAAAUCCAAAUGGCACCAAAUGCUAGAAAGUGCAAGGCUCCCUGCCUGAGAGCCUGCGAAGGGAACAUGCCCAAGAUACUGAAUUUGGACAGUCAAACCCAUCUGCUGGUUGGCCUGCCUGGCACUGUACAAAAGCCCACAAACAGGGGAAAACCAAAUUUCUCAAAAAAUAAAGUGAAAUCUGUGGGGAAGACAGACGAGGAGAAAGCGCUGGAACUUGAAGAGAUGUGUGCCAACAGAAAUCUUCAGGGUGCCACCUGCCCAGAUAAGUCCAGCAGCAUGAGCUCUAUCCUAGAAUUGUUCCCCAAGAUACUGAACCUGAAUGACCCAAAGCCUCCUAUAUCAACUGUCUAUGGUACUGAAACACACAAGAUGUUACCAUCCUGCAAGGGAAGCUUCUUUGGAUCUGAGUUGUUGAAGAAUGUGAUCCUGCAAUUUCUACAGCAGUAUUACCUGAUCUAUGACUAUGGGGAUCGCCGGAGUCUCCUUGGUGCUUACCAUGAUAAGGCCUGUUUUUCCCUGACCAUCCCCAUUAACUCCGUGAGCCCAGUCCUGAAAGGCCUGUGUGAGUACUUCAAGAACAACAGGAAUAUGAAGUAUAUCAAGAAUCUCCACCUGAGGAGGCAAUUGCUGAAGCACACCAACCAUGUCAUUGUGGACACCCUCAACAGGUUGCCUAAAACUGAACAUGACUUUGCCUCCUUCUCAGUAGAUGUGUGGGUCCACACGGAAAUGAUGCUCGGCUUUUCUGUCAAAGGCGUGUUCAAGGGAGGAGAGCCUCAGGGAUCAGUUUGUGCUUUCACUAGGACCUUCAUCACUAUCCCUACCAGUGAUUUUGGUCUGUGCGUCGUGAAUGACAAGCUGUUUGUGCAGAACACUAGCAUCCAGGGAACUCAGAGCGCCUUUUCCACCUCAGUGCCCAUUCCCUGCUCUAGCUCCAUGCCGAUCCUCUCUCCGGCACAGCAAGAAAUGGUGCGCGCUUUGUCCAUGCAAUUUGGGAUGAACUCCGAGUGGUCUCAGAAAUGUCUCCAGGAUAACAACUGGGACUAUACCAGAGCUGUUCAGUUUCUCAGCCUGCACAAGGGAAGACGCAAGAUCCCAGCGAAGACUUUCAAAUAGACCAACCUAAGAUCCUGAGAUUAAAGCCCAAAGAAGUACCUGGGUGUCAUCAUCAUCAUCUUCCAUCUUUGUUUUUUCUGUGCUCAUAGAUAUUUGCCUGUCGUAGAACCAAGAGGUCUGGUUGAGGCCAAGAAGCCAAAGACUAUCUUUUAGAACUGAUCUUCAUCCAUUCAAAGGGCCAGUUGUCUUGUGCAUGUGGGUACUUCAAAAAGUUUGUGGAAAAACUCAUUAUAUAUA